UUGAUGAGUUGAGCGGAUUUUUUUCACUCAGAUAAUGGGGGGAAACUGAAACUCACUGCCUGGCAGCCUGGUCGAGCUAGAAAUGGUCAUAACAUUUCCGGAACUAUUGAGAUGUAUAAAAUAAACACGGAAAGAACUGGGAUGCUGUAAAUCAGAAACAAAAAAGAAAUUGUUGACAACAUUCUGCAGAUCUGGCAGCAUCUUGGAGAGAAAUCAGAGCUCAAGUUUCGGAUCGAGUUUUUGAAGCCAGGAUGUAGAAACCCCAAUGAGGAAAGAGGGGACCUAACUUCAGACAACCAACGCGGACAAGUGCUUGAAGUAUCAGCGGGGAGAAUUUUGCAGGCAGUUAUCAGAACUCUUUUGAAAAGAUUUGGGAUUGUUAUGGAAAAGGACAAGGAUGGACCUGUAAUCAAAGUUCUAACUUGGUUGAUUUUAAUAAGAUAUGAUUUGGCCAUAGUGCACAGGAAGUAGAUACUUUCAGGUACAUGUGCAAGAGGGAACAUAAAUGGAGAGAUAAGGAGAGCUCUAAGGGAAAUAUGAAUUGAUACUGCCAAGUGAAAUGAAGCAAAAUGCUCUGUUGUUUUACAGGUAGACAUAUGGUUAAAGGAUAAGGGGGAAUGUGUAAGGUCCAUUAAGGACCACAGAGGUAUCUGUGCGUAGAACUAGAGAGUGUUGGCCUGGGUCGAAAUGAAUACUUUGUGUCAGUGCUCACUAGUGAAAUAGAUGAAUCAGGGAGAAGGUCUGUGAUAGAAUGUGAAGAAACUAUCACAGAGAGAGAGAGGAAGUACUGAGUAGUCUGGAAGGUUUAAAUGCAGGUCAGUAUCCAAGGUCAAGUGAAAUGUCUCCUGUGAUGUUAGGAUGAAAUAGCAGGGUGCUUGCAAGGUUCUUAAUUCCCCACUAACCACAAAGGGACCCUUCUGAAGGGCCACCGGACCCAAAACGUUAACUCUGUUUUCUCCUUCGCAGUUGCUGCAAGAAGUGCUGAGCUUUUCCAGCAACUUUGUUUUUGUUCCCAAUACUUUUAUUUAAUCUCUUUGGACAUCAGCAAGGCUUUUGGGAGACUGAAAGCAAAGCUAAGUGCGCAUAGAAUCCAUUGAAAUUUAGCAAAUUGGAUCCACAAUUGGCUGAGGUUCAGGAAGCAGAGAGGUGGGUUUUUUCUUGUUUCUAACCGCAAAUCUGUGCACAUUGGUGUGGCAGAGUGGCCAAUGUUGGGCCCUUAUUUUUGUUUUAGGUAAAUGCCUUAGAUUUGAAUGUAUGAAGGUUGAUCAGUUAGUUCAGAUGAUGCAAAAGUAAUAGAUGGUAAAUAAUGAGAUGGAUAGCCUUAGUUUACAGACAGGCUGAUCAGUGGUAAAUGGAAUUUGAUCUAGAUUCGUGAAUAGCAAUACAUGGACAAGUUAUCCUGUCCUUGAAUUCAUUUGUUAAUCAAACAGUUUGUGAUUAGUUGACUAGCCAGGGGAGGAAGGCUAUUUCCUUUUCCCAUCAACAUACACCAUGACACAGUCCUGGAUUGUAAAUGGGGAUUUUGGCUGUAAGACAAUUUUGCUACAUGUUGCUCACUCCACAGUUAGACCUCAAAUGAGAGGCUCUAAUGUAUGGUGCUGCAAAUUAUGAGGAACGAAAAUCACAUUUUGGCUUUUAUUGCUCAUCAAUUUGCUGUCCCCUAAAUCUUGAUCAUCUCUAAUAGAAAUCAUGCAAACAUGAACAUGAGGAAAGAGGCCACCAUUUUAGCAGGAAAACAAAUGUGUAAAGCUAAGAGAGCAAAUGAUGACAGUAAAUUUAAGAGACGUACCAGAACCAACAUUUGCAGUGUCGGCACCCUCCCUGGAUUCACUCCCUGUCCCUUCCUUUGCUGCAAGUGAACAGUUUCCCCACCCUACCACUCAGGAAGACGAAAGAAAUGGAAAGGAAGGAGACAUUGCUUUGCUCCCAGAUGUUGCACAGAGGAGGAGGUUUCACUGGAAAGACAACAUCUGCAUUGUGAGCCCAGGACUGAAGCAGCCAAUAGGAAUUGCUGUGCUCCGUGGUGAUGUCUCAGGUUUCAGGCACGUGGACACGGGAGCCCCGCCCCCACCUAUUGUUCCCCUCCUGCUGCCAAGGUUUCCGGGGCAACCAGCGGGCGGCUCGAAUCAGAGCGAGAAGCUGCUCGGGAUCUGCCCCUCCCCCUCCCUCCGGCGGCAAUUGCUGAAUCAGAAGCUGAACAUGGUUUUCAGAAGAGGAGAUUUUGCAGUUUACAAACUGAAACCAAACGUCACUCAGGAUCUGAGAGAGUUACCAAACGUAUCACAACCUGAAUACAACAGAAUAUUGGACAUGGAAGGAGAAAGCACUGUUCCCAGUGGGGAGAAACUGGUUCUGUUUUUGGGUAAGGCUUCAAUCAAUCAUCUGGCUUAUCAGAAUGUAACACACUCAUAAUGAUUAGAAGCCAUGGAGAUGAGGGGAUUGUGGUAAAGACUUCUUUCAUCCAUCAGUACUGAAAAAUCAUCAGCGUAGUUACACCAGGAAGAAGCCAUUCACCUGUUCUGAGUGUGGAGAGAGACUCACUCAAAUCAUCCACCCUGCUGACACACCAGAGUGUGGCAAGAGGCUGUUCACCCCCACAGAGUGUGGAAAGAGAUUUAUCAAUUCUUCAAACCUGGUGACACACCGGCAAGUUCACACUGAUGAGUGACCUUUUAAAUGCCCAGUCUGCAGGAAGUGCUAUGAAAGGUCUGGGGAACUAAUGCUCCAUCAAUGUGCUCACACUGAAAGAGACUGUUUGGGUGUCCUGACUGUGGGACAACAUUUCAGUGAUCAUCUCGGCUCACUGUAUACCAUUACGUUCACAUUAGGGAGAAGCCCUUUACCUGCUCUGACCGUGGGAGGGAAGUCAGUCAGUCACCCCAUCUGCUGAGGCACCAGCACAUUCACACUGUGCAGUGACCAUUCACCUGCCCCAGCUGUGGGAAGGGAAUCACACAGGUGUCAUAUCUGCUGAGUGACCAGAGAGUUCACAAGAAACUGCAGUGAUUGGGCUUUACUAUUAACCGCGUUCAGGAAUUAACCAGGUUCAUUGUGAUCUGUUUCUGCUGAUAUUAAUAACCACCUGUUCAGGUAUAUGUUAAUGUAGA